CAAGCUAUACUGGCUUUAGGAAGCACAUUGUCCAUUCCCUUCAUCUUAACCAUUCAACUUUGUGCCAGUACAAACGCUGAUGCUCGCGCCCAACUUCUUUGUAUUUCCAUGUUUAUGUGUGGCGUGGCAACGCUUCUACAAACAACGUUCGGAGUCAGACUAGGAAUCAUACAGGGCGGAUCCCACAAUUUUAUUGCCCCAAUUAUAGCUAUGAUGGCUCUCGACAAAUGGAAGUGCACGGAGCAGGAGCUAAAUGUUGACGAGUUAAAUUACAAUUCCACUGUCAUCGACAAAGACGAAAUUUGGCAGAGACGAAUGCGAGAGAUUCAAGGGAAUUUGAUGUUGGCCUCUAUCGUGCAGCUGGUCUUGGGAUGUACCGGUCUGAUGGGUUUUUUCCUGAAGUUUAUUGGCCCACUCACCAUAGCUCCUACUAUUUCUCUGAUAGGCCUCUCUCUAACAGGCGUAGCAGCUGAUAUCAACAAGUACCACUGGGGAAUAGCCAUGUUGACAUUGGUGCUGAUUGCGUUCUUCAGUUUAUACCUGGGCCGCCUCAAAAUUCCUUUACCAAGUUUUUCAAAAGCCAAAAAAUGUCACAUAACAAAAUACCCAAUAUUCCAGCUCAUGCCAGUGAUCCUGAGUGUCGCCAUCUGCUGGCUGCUUAGUUAUAUUCUUACCGUCACGGACGUCCUUUCUCCAACAAUUGUCAUCCAGAACAAAUCCAGUCCAAACCUUGCGAGAACAGACGCCAGACUGGACGUACUUAAUACCAUGCCCUGGUUCUAUUUCCCAUAUCCAUUCCAGUUCGGCAUACCCACGGCUUCGGUGGCAGGAUUUGCGGGAAUGCUUGCCGCCACCAUUUCAUCUGUGAUCGAGUCUGUGGGAGAUUACUUCGCCGCCGCUCGGCUGUCUAAUGCCGAGGCACCGCCGCCUCACGCAGUCAACCGUGGAAUAGCCACCGAGGGCUUCGCCAGCAUCAUCUCAGGCAUGGUUGGAGCAGGACAUCCCACUACUUCAUACAGUGGAAAUAUUGGGGCUAUCGGAAUAACAAAGGUUGCUAGUAGGCGUGUUUUUCAAGUGGCUGGAAUUAUUCUUCUCCUGAGUGGCAUUAUUGGUAAAUUCGGUGCGGUACUGACACUGAUCCCAGAUCCCAUCAUUGGUGGGACUCUGACGGUAGUGUUCGGGAUGGUGGGAGCAGUUGGGAUAUCCGUGCUUCAGUUUAUGGACAUGUCGUCUACCAGAAAUCUGACAAUUCUAGCUUUGUCAAUGAUACUGGGGUUAAUGAUACCGCAGUGGUUACUUCAGAAUCCUAAUUCUAUAAAUACGGGAAGUGAGGAUCUUGACCAGGUCCUUGAGGUCCUGCUAACUACCGCCAUGUUUGUUGGUGGGGUCAUCGGCUUUAUUCUGGACAAUACUGUUCCAGGGUCAAAAGAAGAACGCGGGCUCUUAAAAUGGCGGGAGACUUUAGACUUAAGUAUGGAGAGAAGGAAACCAGUUCAAUAUAACAUGCCCCUGGUUACAAAGUUAUUGGAACGACUGAAAUGUUGUAAAUAUUUUCCAAUAUCCCCAACCUUUACCAAAAGUCCUCUAAACUGUUGUAAGAAAAACAGGACUCAAAAGAAAUAUGAACCUGACAUAGUCCUUACUGACACCAAACCUGUACAGCAAAAUGGCGGCAGCGACUUUUCGGAGAGACUGUAGGGAUGGUAAUGGACUUGUAUGGACAUGUCCUCAUCAAAAUCAAAGUCAGUAAUGACCUCAGGCAGCUAGGAUAUUGUUUUUCCCAGGGAAUGACCAAGCAGUGUUGAUAUGUGCAUGGAACCGUACAGUCAUCAGAUUCUGUAUCAUGAGGCGAAUCUUUAUCAGCUGCAUGAAUUAUAUUGUACUUAAACACAAUUAUAUACAUGUAUAAGAAAAUACAAAGUUUUAAUUAAUCGUUGAUUUAAUAUUUAACCAGCUUUGAUUUGAAUGUCGAAUUCUUCGAAUUUCCUUCAUAACUCGUACGUCUACCUCCUAUAGUAAUAAACCCAAUUUUUGAUUGAUGUAUACAGUAUUCUAUAUGAAUGUGAAAUAAUUACGGUCAGCUCAAAACUUUAUAUAUAAAAAGUCAUACCAGGUAUUGCAAAAGAAUAUUGCUCUAUUUUUAAUUGAGGAUAUCCAGUACAAUUGAUGUAACUUUUAGGUUACGGUUAGUUUCAGUUCUCCAUACCUUUCAUGAGAACACAUUCAUGUAAGACGUACUCGGUGUUCGAUUUGUGGUAUGUACAUACUUUACCCAUUUGACGAAAUUUUAAAUUUUAUCAGAAAUGUUUGUGAUAUCUAAAUAAAAAAUCAAAACUGA